GGCGGCCCUGAGGGCACCGCGAGCGGACAGCGCACAGGCGGCUCCGAGGGGACGCGCAACGGACUCGGAGACGGCUCAGAGUGGACGCGGGGACCAUGGCGGACUGCGAGGAGGGGUACCCGCCCAAGGCCCGGCGGGUGGCAGAUGAGGCUGAAGAGGGCCUCGGUCUGUGUGGAUGGAUCCUGGUGGUCGUUUCGCUUAUUUUCACUGUUCUUACUUUUCCUAUCUCAAUCUGGCUGUGCAUAAAGAUUAUCAAGGAAUACGAGCGAGCCAUUAUCUUCAGACUUGGACGCAUCUUAAAAGGGGGAGCAAAGGGACCAGGUUUGUUUUUUGUCCUGCCUUGCACAGACAGCUUCAUCAAAGUUGAUAUGAGAACCAUCUCUUUUGAUAUCCCUCCCCAGGAGAUCCUGACCAAGGACUCGGUGACAGUGAACGUGGAUGGAGUGGUUUAUUACAGGGUGCAGAAUGCCACUCUGGCUGUGGCAAACAUCACCAACGCCGACUCAGCCACCCGGCUGCUGGCACAGACCACCCUGAGGAAUGUUCUGGGCACCAAAAACCUGUCUGAGAUCCUCUCUGAUCGUGAGGAAAUUGCACACAGCAUGCAGCUCACACUUGAUGAGGCAACAGACGAUUGGGGCAUUAAGGUGGAGCGUGUGGAGAUCAAGGAUGUGAAGUUACCUGUGCAGCUGCAGAGAGCCAUGGCUGCAGAAGCAGAGGCUGCCCGGGAGGCGAGAGCCAAGGUGAUCGCGGCCGAGGGGGAAAUGAACGCCUCCAGGGCCCUGAAGGAGGCGGCCAUGGUGAUCACAGAGUCUCCUGCUGCUCUCCAGCUCCGGUACCUGCAGACCUUGACCACCAUUGCUGCRGAGAAGAAUUCCACCAUCGUCUUCCCCCUGCCCAUAAACAUCCUGCAGGGCCUCCUAGGUUUGAAAGAUUAGGAACGGUGGGAGGGGUGAGCUCAGGGUCAGCCCGUUUGCAGCACUGAUGUCCCUGUGUAGUGUAGCUUGUGGCGGUGUUAGCAAAGUUGGUUUGCUGAGGAACCUUUUUGUUUUACUGAGUGUGUUAUAGAAUUUGUAUGUAACGUUUGUGAAUGUGGACAAUCACAAUAUUUGAAGCUGAAAACCUCUCAGAAGGAGUACAAGCAGGUUGUGCAUCCCAUCCUGGAUGGGACAUCCAAAACCUCCUUUUCAAGUGGUAUAAAAAACCAGUUUUGGUAGAGGUGAUCCAACAUKUGGAAUUAUUCAUUCUACAAAAUGCGUCUGUAGCCCUGCAAGGGAAGUGGAAUAUUGUCCUGGAGACUCCUCAUGCUCCCAUUCAUGAGAAACAGUUGUUAGUGGCACUUUCUGCCUGUUCUGCCACCCAGGAAUGGCACAAACACGCCGUAGUUAUGGAUACAACGUGCUUGUGGUCACUGAUGGGCUGCUGCUGUUACGGGGCUGUGUCUGUAUACAGUUAUGCUGCUUUAAAGCACUGAAAAGGCUCUGCCUSUAUCUGUUUCUCCUAAAAAAAAAUUUAAAAACCAAAGUACUUCAUUUCAACCAAGUCUAAAACCUUAUUUCUCUAGGAAAUAAGAUGCCUGUAACUAGCAGGGAGGGGUGGUAUUUAACAGAUGCUUCACUGUUGCUUUGCCUGUUGGGUGCUGUUCCAUGCAGACCUGGAGUAGUUGUGUCAGUGAGGGCUUACACUUCAUCCCCAAAGCAGGUGAGGCCAGCUCACAUAACCCARGCUGUUAAACUUCCUUUUGUAAAUAGAAUUACAGAUUCAAAUGACAACAAGUGGAUUCUGCAGGAGGGGAGGCUCUUCAGGCUGCCACCAGCACUGAGUCUGGCGUCUUUAAAUUCUGAGAGGUGGCAAUGAAACUGAAAAGCCAAGAUCAGUGCCCUUCUCCCACUGGCCAGUAUAAACUCCAGAAGUUGUUUUUUCUGCCCUUUCUUCUCCAAUGGGUUCUGUAUUUACAGGUGUUUUAGGCCUGGUUACCUGUGCCUCCACACGCUGUGCCUUUGUCACCGGUAGGAGAUGCUCAAGUACUGUUCAUGUUGUGCCUGUUUGCUGGGCAGGUUUCCCUCUGCUUCACCAAGGCAAUAUACUCUGUGUUUGGCAGUGUGGCAGCUCAUGUAAGCUGAGCUUAACAUUUGGCUGGGAGGGGAGAAUCAGCCAACAAAGCUGGAAUAAUGAGCAYUGCUGUGCUCAGGCACUUGGAGCGGUGAACAGGGAACUGCACAGCUCCAGGUUAAUCYUUAGGGAAGAUGAGUCACUGGAACUCCCGCUGCUGCUGCUGCAGGUGCCACCCCUGUGAAKUCUUGUUGACACCACAAGAUGCUUUUUGCUCUCAUCCUGAAUAAAAACAUGCAGUUUACUAAUAAGUGACUUUCUGAAAGGGUAAAAUAUUGUUUAUCAGGGUCUCAAUGCUUUUAACUCUGAAAAGAGGAAAGCAAAGCAGUCCCAAACUCCUCAAAAUAAUUUCUGUAACCAUUUAGUAAAAAGUCUAUGUGCAAAAGAUAGCACAAAGGUUUUU